AUCAGCUGUCCUGCACAGGAUUGUCUUUCCGGUCCAAUCCUCCAAGGCCAACCAUUGUCCUUGCUUGUCGUGGCAAGACUAUGAGUAAAGCAAGAUGACUACCACCAACUCUAUUCCGCCGAUGUCACCUACGCUUUACAACGUGACGUUUCGGGUGUUCCUGUCCUCUUGCCCCUCCACGCUGUUCCCAAAGCCAUUGUCUACUGGAGAAUGUCACCGUCCGGUUUGGGUUCCCUUUUCAAUGUAGCCUCGCUCGACUGCGACUCUAAAUCUAUUUACUAUGCCAUCUCGCCCUGCCCGCUUCUGCUCUUUUCUUCUACUCCUUGCUGCGAGAUCUGACCGACCUCGACCUUACUAGCAGUUUGACACGGAUCUAUACUCCGGAACUCCCGCCUCUUCUAUCAAUAUGCCGGGAAAAACCGCCCCUGAACGUCGUAUCACCAAACUCACCAACUGUCGCAUUGUGAAAGGCGACAAACUGAUCAAAGAGGACGUUUGGAUUGAUUCACUAUCUGGAAAGAUCCUCAAAGAUCAGGAAGCAUUUUACGACUUUCACAUCGCGCCGGAUGAGAUCAUCGAUCUCGGCGGGCGCAUCGUCGCCCCGGGACUGAUCGACGUGCAGCUCAACGGCGCGCAGGGCUUCGAUUUCUCGGUGCCCCAGCCCACCACCGAGGAGUAUGAGAGGGGACUGCGCAUGGUGAACAAGGGUCUUGCGCGCAUGGGGGUGACUUCAUAUCUCCCUACCGUGGUGAGCUCCACGCCGGACGUCUACCACAAGGUGUUGCCUUCGUUAGGUCCCACAGGAGAAAGCAGCCUCCCUCAAGACGGCGCAGAGUCCCUGGGCGCCCACGUGGAGGGCCCCUUCAUCAGCCCCGGCCGCAACGGCAUCCACAAACCCGAAGUGCUGCGCGCGGCCCAGAACCUGGAAGAGAUCGUCGAAUGCUACGGCUCAGACAGCCUGAUGGGACCCAACCAAACCGUCCGCAUGAUCACCGCGGCACCCGAGGUCGGCGACAUGCUGCACCAGAUCCCGUCGCUCACCUCCAAGAACAUCAUCUACUCGAUCGGUCACUCCGACGCAACCUACGAGCAGGCGCUGGCCGCCACCCAGAAAGGAGCGACGAUGAUCACGCAUUUAUUCAACGCCAUGCGCCCAUUCUACCACCGCAACCCGGGGGUUUUCGGUCUGUUCGGCCAGACAGAUCGACCGCGUCCCUUCUACGGCGUCAUCGCCGACGGCAUCCACCUGCACCCGACCUCCAUCCGCAUCGCCUACAACGCCCACCCGGCCGGGCUGGUCCUCGUUACGGACGCGAUGCGGCUGUGCGGGCUGCCGGACGGGGUGUAUGACUGGACCAACGGGGAUCGCAUCGUGAAGACGGGCGCCCGACUGACGCUCGAGGGCUCGGACAAGAUCGCGGGCAGCUCCGCCACACUGAUUGAGUGCGUCAACAAUUUCCGGCGGUGGUCUGGCGCCUCGACCGCCGAGGCGUUGAAUGCAGCCACGGCCACCCCGGCCCGUCUUUUGGGGCUGGAGGGCGUCAAGGGCUCGCUGAGCAAGGGCGCGGACGCAGACUUGAUUGUGCUGGAUGAUGAGGAGGAUCCCUUCUCCGGUCCGACAUUGGUGAUCCGUCAGGUCUGGAAGCGGGGCGUGAAGGUUUUUGACACUGAAGAUGAUGUUACUCGUUUGAAGGCUUGAUCUUUUGCGGAACUUGCCUUGUUGCGUGAUGGUAGAUGAUGGCUAGAUCAUCAGACCAGCGAACUUGAUGGCUAGAGGCUGGACUGUAGCUUGCCGCGGUGACUCUGUGAUACUAUACAAAUCUGCUCUUGUUCGGUGU